GUUUGGCCCUCGUCGGGCUCCGUAUCUGAGACGUGGCCUCUUCCUGGUUCACCUGGAUACAAGGUGAAGCUGCCGCUGUUCGUCAGGUGCGGGAUGCAGCAUGACGGAGGGGACGGUGUGUGAGAGCGUCCUUCGAUGAGCUAAGUCCACACGCGAACGAACCGAACCAUUGGACUGCGGGACCGGCCGCUUAGGUUUUGUGAGUAGUUAGAGCUGCCCAGCAGAACUCUAACUCACCUGGAGAGACGGAACCAACCUGCAGCUGCGUCACGGCGAAGUGAAGAAAACAACGCGAAUGUUGGUAAACAUUUAUGGUGAAAACGUCAGACAGCUGCGUCUAGAGACCGCGGCCACCGAAGAUACGCGUGACGUCAUCGACCACACUGAUGGCUGACAGCAUGAAGACGCAGCUGGUGAGUGCCAUCCACCUGCAGGAGGUGGAGCUGGAGGAGCAACCUGCAGGCAGCCAGCUGGACCCCAAGGACAGCAGCAACGCUCCUGAGCAGACGUUCACUGUGGAGGAUGCUGUGGAAACCAUCGGCUUCGGUCGGUUCCACAUCCUGCUCUUCUUCAUCAUGGGCAGCGCCAGCAUCGUGGAGGCGAUGGAGAUCAUGCUGCUCGCCGUGGUUUCUCCUGAGAUCCGAUGUGAGUGGCGCCUGAACGACUGGCAGGUCGCCCUCGUGUCCACCAUGGUGUUUCUCGGGUUCAUGGUCUGUGGAGUUCUGGGCGGAUACAUUGCAGACAGAUACGGACGCUGGAAGGUGGUGUUCGGCGGAUUCGUGUGGAGCGCCUACUUCUCCCUGCUCACCUCGUUCGCCCCGUCCUACGGGUGGUUCAUCUUCCUGCGCAGCAUGGUCGGCUGCGGCGUGGCCGGUGUGUCCCAGGGGUUUGUCCUGAAGACGGAGUUCAUCCCAGCCAAGUAUCGGGCCUACCUGCUGCCUCUGGCCAGCAUCUUUUGGAUGACGGGCUCGAUGCUGAUCAUCGUCCUGGGGAUGCUCGUGGUUCCAACUCUGGGCUGGAGGUGGAUGAUCCGCAUCUCCGUGACGCCCAGUGUCCUCCUUAUCUUCCUCUUCAGGUUCAUCCCGGAGUCGGCUCGGUACAAUGUGUCUGCAGGAAACGUGCGCGCAGCUGUGAAGACUCUGCAGUGGAUCGCUGAUAUGAACAGAGCCUCUCUUCCUCCGGGACGGCUGGUGGAACCCACUGUGAACGAACGAGGCAGUUGGAGAAUCCUGCUGAAUUCAUCGUUCAGAAGGACGUCGCUGCUGCUCUGGUACUCAUGGUUUGUGGCGUCGUUUUCUUACUACGGAUCCGUGCUGAGCAGUUCAGAACUGCUGGAGAAGAACCUGCUGUGUGUGACGGAUGCUGACCCAGAGCAUCAGGUCAAACACGUCCAUGAAGACGGACUGUGUUUUUGCAUCCCCUUCGGACCUGGAGACUACCGGACGCUGCUCAUCAGUUGCCUGGGAGAGGUGGCGCUGGUUCCACUCAACAUCUUUCUGCUGAACGUGUUGGGGCGGAGGCUGAGUCUGACGGUUCUGCAGCUGCUGGCAGCUGUUUUGUUCAUGAUGGUCAACAUCUGCACCACGAUGUUUGGGUUCACGCUGCUGCUGUUUUUGCUCAGGUCAUCGGUGUCCAUGAACUUCAGUGUGGUUUAUAUUUACACCGCUGAGGUGUAUCCCACUGCAGCGCGGUCUCUUGGGAUGGGAUUCUGUACAUCGUUUAGUCGCAUCGGAGGAAUGAUAGCUCCCUUCAUCGCUCAGGUGCUGAUGUCUCGCUCAGUGGUUCUGGCUCUCAGUCCGUUCGCGGUGGCCUGUGUGGUUUGUGGUCUAGGAAACUUCCUGCUGCCCAUAGAAACUAAAGGACGAGCUCUGCUGCAAAACUCCUGAUGGCACCAACCGUCACUGUUUAUGAC